GUAUGUGUAUGUAUGUCUCAGAGAAACAGGAAGCAGGCUGCCAGCAGGGCUGCACAUGGGAACCGGGACCGGACGAGCUGGUGUCAGUCAGAACAGGGUAGAGGAGUGUGCCUGCUGCGCGCUCAGCUCCGGGCUGCUCGCUGUCGUCAUGCGUCCGCGGAGUGGAUGAGGAGCCGCGCCGAAGUCUGCCGGGAGGAUGUGUGCGGUGCUCGCCGCCAGCCUCCAGCUCCACUCGGCCCCUGCAGCAGGCCCCUGCAGCAGGCCCCUGCAGGCAGGCCCCCAGCUCAGCCUCCACGGCUCCGUCCUGAAAACACCCUCCUUGCAUCGCGACCUUCACCUGCCACGUCACGCACGCUCCCCUCGUCUGCUGCACCUCACCACGGGUUCUGCCUUUAGGGUUCCAUCCAUUCGAACAUGGACAGAUUCUAAUCUGGCCUGAGAGCACGAUGGUGGUGAUCCAGCAGGUCUGCGUUGGCCCCGGUCCAGUUCUGCUGGUCCAGCAGAAACAGGCUUCAGCGAUGGCCGAUCAUCUGGCUCCUGCUCUGCUGGAAGCCUGCGUUGUGGUUGGAGCGUCUGUGGACAAACUCAGGGAGGUGUACCAGGCUGUGAACAAUAGCGAAGCUCCAGAGCACCUCCUGUUGGAGCCGGAGGUGCUGCUCGUCCUGUCACCUCCCUUUGUCAGCAGGCCGCAGAAUGACAGCGACGUGGUGAGCUCACAUGGGAAGAGGCGGCGCUCAUUUCUCCGGAAGAAGCGGGAACAGCCCCCCUCAGCCGCCGCGACCCCGAGCCAAGGUGGAGGCUCUGAAGGAGGAAGUGAAGACUUCAGCGUUCCCAAAGACAUUGACCUCAUGGCUUUACCUCAGCUCUGCUUCCCUGGUGGGCUCCAAGUAACCAAUGAACAGAAAGAUGUACAAUUUCAUUUUCUGGUUUUCACUGAUGUCUUUGGCAACAAGACCCAUGGAGUAGUAAUGCAGUGUUACCAACCAAUACUGGAGGGGACGUUAUUGUGCCACAACGGAGCGGCGUCCUCGAAGUUUUCUAAACUUUUCUCUCCCUUCAGUUUCUGUGUCAUAUCCAAGUAUCCUUACUUCACUGCCCUCAAAGACUGUUUGUCAUGUCUGUUAAUCCAGCUGAGGACCUGUCGUUCAUCAGAUAUGGAGGACAGAGUGAAGGAGUUUGCGGCCAAACUUUCACUUGUGCCUAUCCCACCUCCUGGACAACUGCAUUUGAUGUUCACUUUGCGUCCUCUGACGAUUGUGUUACCGUCCAGGGAAGACAAAGACCAUCCGGCUGUAGAUUUAGACCUCCACCUGCCUUUCCUCUGCUUCAGGCCACAGCAACUGCUGCAGGUGUUAUGUUGUCUCCUGCAGGAGCAGCGGGUGGUGUUGUUUUCUGCUGACUGGGCCAGACUCACGCUGGUGGCGGAGAGUUUGCUGCUUUUUCUUCACCCUCUAUCAUGGCAGCAGCCUUAUGUUCCCGUCCUGGCCAGAGGAAUGCUGGACUUUCUCAUGGCUCCGACUGCCUUCCUCAUGGGCUGCCAUCUUAGCCAUUUUGAAGAGGUGGCUGCUGAAACGGAUGAUCUUAUCUUAAUCAACAUUGAUGGCGGAAGUGUGUCCACUUCUUGUUCUGAUACUGUUGACCUGCCGCACAUUCCUCCGGCUGCUGCCGACUGCUUCACACAGAGGUGUCAGUCACUGCAGACACAUUUCGACCUGGAUCAGUGCCACCACGCGAGCUGCACCGACAUCAACCGGCAGCGGGCGCAGAGAAGAGCGUGGCAACGCAAGCUCAACCACGACAUCCAGAGGAUCACGCUGGAGCUCAUGGUCAACAUAUUUAGGGAUGUCAGUUGUCAUCUUAACUAUGAACAUCGAGUGUUCAACAGUGAAGAGUUCCUGAAGACCAGAGAGCCGGCUGAGAAACUGUUCUACAAGAAGGUGUUGGAGACUCACAUCUUCCACUUCUUUCUCAAGGAUCGUCUCAACAGGAAAAUGGACAACUACGCUCGCAUGGAACUCAGCACUCGAUCUGAGAUGCACAAAAUGAAAGCCAUGGUUGAAGUUGCACGCAGACCCACCAUGCAGGAGAUUCAAGCCCGGAGAAAGAGCUCCGUCACGGAGAGCAGGCUGAACAAAAGACUGGGAAUGAGCCUUCCUAACUUGGGAGACGGCCGAACCCUCAGCAUCCAACAGAACACACUGCUGACUCGGCUCAUCAUGUCUGACGCUGGUCUAAGGACUCCUCCUAAGCCUGUUAAGGUGUUUGUACUCCCGGACUUCCCGGCGUCUCUGUCCUUCCGCUCUGUCCAGAGUUAUUACAGUGAGCUCAUCCAGCACCUUGGCAAGGCCAUCUUCUCUGUGCAAAACGAGAACUCGAGUCUGCUGGCCAGAUUCUACUACUUGCGUGGUUUCAUCAACACGCUGUGUUUACGGCGGCUGGAUGCUCUGAGCGAUUUCCAAAACCUCUACAAGACGGACACCGCCAUCUUCCCUACGCAGAUGGUUACGUGGCUCGUGGACUCGCUGCACCGAGCCGAGAGACAGCAAGCUGAGAGGCGACCUGAGCUCAAGAGACUCAUCCUCAGGGUGAGGACAGAGAACGAGAAGCCCUUGGUGGAAGCCGACGACCACGUGAAGAAGUUUGAGUUUCCUCGAAAACACCUCCACCAGGACGAGUUUGUGCGUUGUGUCCAAGAAUGUGGGAUCGUUAAGGAUGUAGCAACCAUACACCAUUUAUUUGAUGCUCUCACUAAUGGCCAACCCAAGCAGGUGGACCCUGAACUCUUCAGACUGUUUUACACCUUCUGGAAGGAGACAGAGGCGGAGGCACAAGAUUUCAACCUGCCCACUGAGGUCAUUGACCACCUCGACAAUAGCGAGUGUGUGUACAAGCUGUCAUCCUGUGUCAAGACCUCGUAUGGCGUUGGUAAAAUCGCCAUGACACAGAAACGUCUCUUCUUGCUCACCGAGGGACGGCCUUGCUACCUGGAAAUCACAAAGUUCAGGGAUAUACAGGAGGUGAAGAUUGCCUCAGCUCCGUUUCUACUCGUUCGCAUUCCUUCCCUUCGUAUCCAGACCUCUGGGAGGCCUGAGGUGUUUGAGGCCAACCUGAAGACAGAGACUGAACUCUGGAACCUCGUGGUAAAAGAGAUGUGGGCCGGACGCAAGAUGGCCGAUCAGCACAAGGACCCUCAGUACAUGACUCAGGCUCUGACCAACGCCCUGUUAAUGGAUGCUGUGGUGGGCUGUCUGCAGACCCAGAGGUCCAUCAUUGCUGCCUCAAAGCUGGCCUACUUUGAUAAGGUCAAACAUGAAGUGCCCAUGAUGGUGCCUAAAACUACCUCAGAGACUCUGAAACACAAGAUCAACCCCUCGCUGGACUUGGCUGAACCUCAGACUGUGCAUGUGCUGCUUUACACACCAGGUCAGUUGACUUGCAAUGACUCGGAGGGCGAGAUGAACCCCAAGCUGUGGGUGGCUCUCAGUGGGGGGAAAGUGGUUGUGUUCGAUGCAGCGAGCUGGUCCAUGUUGCAGGACUGCAUCCAGGUCGGAGAGUUGCAGCUGAACUGCAUGCUGGGAUUGGUCCAGGAGCAGGUGUGGAUUGGCUCCCAGGACUCCGUGAUCUACAUUAUUGACACUCACAGCAUGUCCUGCAACAAACAGCUGACUGAACACAGACAUGAAGUGACCGGCCUCACCCUUGACCCCAGAGAUCAACACAACAGUCAGCAGAUGUACUCCUGCAGCUGUGACGGGACGAUCCUGCAGUGGGACUCGGCCAGUCUCAAAGUGAAGCGACAGUUCCACCUGAGCUGUGACCGUCUCUCCUCCAUACAGAUCCACGACGGCACGCUGUGGUGCUGUUGUGGCGACAGCAUCGUGGAACUGAAUAAGACCGGGACACCACAACGAAGGAUUGCGCUCCCUGACGACCUACAGAGCAUUCCCAGUAGCUUCAGCAGCUUCAUUGUCAUUCCUGAGCAAGGUCAGUUGUGGACGGGCUGCGCCGACUCAGGGGAGCUGUGUCUCUGGCACACGAACAACCACAGAUGUCCAACCAAAAGAAUCUCCCUGCCGGGCUGUUCGGGGGUCACGUGUAUGAUACGUGUCAAAGACCAGAUCUGGGUGGGCUGUCGCGGCCGGAGCACAGUCGGAGGUCAGUGUGACGGUCAGAUGAGGAGUCAGGUGUUGGUGGUGGACCCUGAGAGCCACACUGUGGCAAAGGAGCUACACGCUCAUUCGGACAGCAUCCAGACACUGUGCUCAGCUGAGGAUCGCUACGUCCUGAGCGGCUCUGCACGCCGCGACGGCAAGAUCGCAAUCUGGAAAGUGGAGUAGAGAAUGGAAACUGGAAAGAAAAAAGCGGUGGAGUGGAAAGAGGUGGGUGAUGCAAGAGCGGAGCGCGAGGAGAGGAAAGACGAAAAAUAACGAAGGCACAAAAGCAAGAAGUAACAAAAAAAUACAUAGAGGUGCAGAGGAAUCGUUUUAAAGCCAUUUCGAAAUGGUAAUUGAUUUGUUUUUCUAGUUGGAGCUAAAAAUAAACUACAGACGCAAAAUGGUGAAAGAUUCCCUUGAAGACAUUUUGAAACCUUAAUGGAAAUGUGAAUAUAUGUACUGAAUGUGACAAAGCUUUGGUUUCUGACACUGGUCCCCGACUACCAAGAGCAGAAACAAACCUUCACAUGAAGUCUGUGACUUUUCCAUGUUCUGUUAAAAAAUAACAACAAAAAAAACUGAUGUUGAAAUGCCACAGUGUAAUUGUCAUGUUUUAUUGUCAAGCACUUAAAUUAAAUUAAAUUUCAUGUAUUAUCA